GAACUUCGUGGUAUAAUGUGCCAUGCGCGAUGAGCAGACGACAAACGAGGGUAUAUGAUACCGGUAUUGGUAUCGUUCUGAUGCAUCUUGCACCUGUAGCUGUUACGCUGUCCUCUGUCUUAUCCAGCAUAAAUGGAUGAAGCGCUCAUCAGUGAUUACUGAUAUGUUUCCCAUAUAUUGAUAAUAUCUAAGCUCUUCAACAACCACAUUCAUCCAAGAGUUGGGAUCUAAACUAACAUGACAUCUGAUGGAAGGGGUUGAAAAGAUAUAGAGGACAGAGGUCAUUGACGUUGAAGUGCUUCUGGCUUCCUGGCCCAGAGGCCUUGCCACCCUGCCAAGUGAGCAAACAGAUCUAGCUCUCUCACAUCCCACAUGCACUGAUUGCUCACUUACAAGUUGACCCCACCAAUCAACCACUGGUGAAGCAAUCAACCAAUCAGGAUGAGUCUGGAGGAGAGUCCAUCGGGGGCGGCGUACGAGUCGCUGGGUGCCGAUGACUCGGUGCUCACUUUUCGAAAGAGCGAGCAGAAGAGAGGUACGAUGGGUAGAGGCAAUAGAUCGCAUCUGAUUCUGAUCUGGAUAGUGGGGCUUUGUAUAGGUGUUGGGGUGGGGGUGCUCAUUGGAUGGUUCUCCUCCCAGGCAAAGUUUCCAGAUGAGGAGGCAUACAACCUGUGGAGACAGGCUCUGACAGAAGAGGAUGCACAAAAGAUAUCAAAACUUCUCAUCGAUGAGCUCAAGGCAGAUAAUAUCAAGGAAAAUCUCAGGUACCUGACUUCUCGACCCCAUCUUGCUGGGACUCCUGCAGACAAGGAGAAUGCUGAAUGGGUCAAGGACCGCUGGAUAGAACAGGGCCUGGAUUCAGCCAAUGUCAUACCUUACAAAGUACUACUUAGCUACCCCAAUGUCGACAAACCAAACUAUGUUUACAUAUUAAAUGGCAAUGGUUCAGUUUAUUUCCAGUCAGCAAGAGAAGAAGCUCCUCUAAAGCAAGGUGAUUUAAAGGAGGGUACCGUCCCUCCAUUCAACGCAUACUCAGCUAACGGCACAGUUACUGGAGAACUUGUAUACGUGAAUUAUGGAAGGAUUGAAGAUUUCCAGAAACUAACAGGCGAACUCAAUAUCGACUUGACUGGAAAGAUAGCUAUAGCCAGAUAUGGAAAAAUAUUCAGAGGAGACAAAGCGGAGGAAGCAGCGGCCUUUGGGGCUGUUGGGUUGAUACUGUUCUCUGACCCAGCUGACUAUGCCGUAGAGAGUGAUUUAGGGGUGUACCCAGACACCUGGUAUUUACCAGAAACGGGGGUACAGAGGGGAUCACUGUACUCUUAUCAGAGUGUAGGAGGAGAUCCUUUAUCUCCAGGUUACCCUUCCUAUGAAACGGCUUACAAGACAUCCGAAGAUGCUGCUGGCCUUCCCACCAUUCCGGUUCAACCGAUUGGCUAUGGCGAUGCCAAGAUGAUUCUAGAACAGCUUGCUGGACCCAAAGCACCAGAUGAAUGGCAGGGAAAUAUCCACAACCUUACAUACAACCUAGGACCAGGAUAUGUUGGAGGAAGAACUGUAAAACUUGAAGUCAAUACCCACAAUGAAGAGCGUUUCACCUACAACACCAUUGGCAUUAUAAGAGGCUCAAUUGAACCAGAUCGAUACAUAAUAGCUGGUAACCAUCGUGAUGCCUGGGUGUAUGGUGCAGUGGACCCUUCCAGUGGCACAGCAGCCCUGAUGGAAAUGUCUAGAGCUAUGGGCAAGCUGGUCAAAGAUGGUAAAUGGCGCCCUCGUCGUUCCAUUGUGUUUGCCAGCUGGGCUGCGGAGGAGUACUCCUUGAUCGGAUCCACAGAGUGGGUAGAGGAGUUUACCAAGAACCUCGGUUCCAGGACAGUGGCUUACCUCAAUAUUGACAUCUCUGUAGAAGGAAAUUAUACCUUCAGGCUAAAAUCAACUCCAAACCUCUAUGAAGCCGUUUUCUCUGCUACAAAAAAUGUGCCUGAUGUCCCCUUUCCUGGGCACAGCAGCACUGUGUACGACACAUGGCUGGAUAGGACAGGGAAAGGAGGAGACAGACCAAGUGUUCGUAAUAUAGGUUCAGGGAGUGACUAUGCAUCUUUUCUGGGAGAGAUAGGUGUGCCUUCUGUGGAUCUCAGAUAUACCUUUAACUCAGAUUUAGGAUUAUCAAGCUACCCCCUCUACCACUCCAUGUACGAGACGUUCUUCCUGGUCAGUGAGAUCAUGGACCACUCUUUCGAGUAUCACUUGGCUGUCACCAGGGUUUGGGCGGAGCUAGCCCGUAGUCUUGCCGACAGUCUCAUACUGCCUAUCGGUGUUGUGGAUACCGCCGAGAAGAUCACUGGCUCCAUCGCCACCUUGAAGGAUUUCUAUGAAGAUCAGAUGGCCGAGCAAGGCAUUACAUGGGAUACCAUUGAGUCAGCUUCCAGUAACCUCACAACAGCAGCCAAAGCUUUUGAGAGUAACGUGGCAGAUAUGGAGAAAAAUGAUCCCUUCGCCGUUCGUCGUGUCAAUGAUCAGCUUAUGCAAUUUGAGCGAGCUUUCAUCGACCCUCUAGGUUUGCCUGGGAGGAACCUUCAAAGGCAUGUUGUGUUUGCUCCUAGCAGCAAGGAUGCCUACAAGGGAGAUGCCUUCCCGGGCAUUGUAGAUCUCAUGUUCGAUAUCAACAACCCUGAGGGUGAUGUCAGCGACGAUUGGGAAGCCUUGAAACAACACAUGUCUGUUGUUGCCUUCACGUUGCAGUCUGCUGCCUCCACACUCAAAGAUGUAGACAUUCUUCAUCGAGACUAAGAAUGACGUUUAGACCGAUGCCUCAUAAAAUUUUCAUUGUUUUUGAUCAUGCGAAAGGAACACUUUACCAAUCUGUGCACUAAUAUAAAAUCGCAAAUGUCACUGCCUAGAUAAAUAGUUGUUUAUAUGGCAAUUUAUUUUGUUAGGAGAUGAAAAAUAGCUGAGAAAUGAGGAAAGAACGAAACUUACAUUGGGCUUGACCAUACGCCUGAGUGUGGUUAUCUUACAAUAAGAUUGAAACUUUCCAAUGUGUUUGGUUAUCAUCAAGUUUGUGUACUCUCAUUUUUUUUCAUUUUCUAGGCCCCACAAUAUAUCAAUGAUUUACUGGCUCAUUAAUACUAGAACACCAGAUUCCAAUCGGAUUUACGACAUGUGUGAGGAGCACACAGCAUAUGAAUCUGUUAUUACCAACAGAUGAUCACCCCUCUUCAUGGAGAAUAUUAAAGUUGAAAAUGAAAAGGCAAUUUCUUUUUUCUCUCUCAUUAAGGAAUACAAGUUGUGUGAAAUGCUUUGUGUGUAAUAAUCAAGCUUAGCUGCAAGUUGAAUUCUGCACUAAUUUUGUGAGUAAUAUGAUGGCAUACUACCUAAACUGUAUUUUAGAGACUAUCUAGAUUUGUUAUUCACCAGUUAUAAAAGCUGAUUAUGCUAUAAUGUGCUGUUCUGAGUAGUCUUCAGCAUAGUAUUCAAUCAAUUAAAAGAAAUUGUAUCAAUUAUCUUUUACAUAAAAUCAAGUGCCACAUUUGAUUGGUUUAUCUUAUUUGUGAAGUAUAAUGUACAUUUAGAUCAUGAGAUACUUAAGUAUACAAGUGAGAGAGAGAGAGUGAAUAUCUAACUUGGAUGUGGAUGGCCCAUGAAAGCUACUCAAUAGUUUAUUGACUUGAUACAAAGUCAUAGAGCUGCCAGACACCUUUGAAUGGUUCUUGAUCAGUAAUUACUGGUCCCCUUUUUUAAUGAAUCAUGUGAUUCUAGAUUUUAUGUAUAUUCUGUGGUCAUCUAGCUGAUUUGUAUUCAAUUUGUGAUUUUUCUUCUCUCUCUUACAUUAUAUUAAAGCAUAAUGUGAAUUUUAAACCAUCUUUUCAUAGACCCAUUGUUGUAAAAGUGCUGACUUCAUAGAUGUGGAACUACCCACCUGUGGAAGUGUGUUCUCAAUUGCCAAUUUGCGUGACUUUUUGUAAUAACUUAGCCCUUUUAUUUUUGGUGCUUAAAUAUAUGUAUCCACUUAUGUAGCUGACAUUGUUUUGUACUUUCAUUUACUCGACUGAUGAAUUCUUUGUAUUAUUUGUGCCAUGAUUAUUUGGACAAUUCAUUAAUUCCGCAAACUCCUUGGUGUAUUUCGAUGCUGCUGCUUCAUAUAGUAUUGUGUGGCAUGUUACAACAUAUUGUCACAUGUGAAUUCUUUAUGUUUUGCUAUAAAUACAUAAAUAAAUUGUAUAUGUUAUGUGCAUGUGCCAUAAAUUUUCUUUACUUUAUUUCUUCAUGAAAGCAUGUAAUCAAGAAAAACUGCAUAUUAAUUCUUAUAAUAUUUAUGCACAGAUGAUAUCCUGAAAAGCAUAUGUACACGUAAAAUAGUUAUGGAUAAUCAUUGCCAGAUUUUACAAUCUCAACCUGUUUUAGCCUGCAAUUAAAAAGAAAGGUGGUUCAUGAAGACAUUAUAGUAAUUCUGUAUUUUCCCCAACUUUUCAUUCUCUAACACCUUAUUCCAUAGUUCAUUUCAUAAAAUAAUAACCAUGAAGUAACUGAUAUGUACAAAAUGUGCAAUACACGCCAUCCCACUGAUGAAAUAAUGACUUCUUUUAAAUACUGGUAAUCAUAGAAUGCCCAAUUUGCCUACCCGUACAGUACUUAUAAUCAGCCAACUUACCAUGAAAAGUGUUCAUAUCAUUAUAUAGCAUUUCCCCCAAACAUUUAAUAAUAAACACAUUUUGUUGCUUUUUAAAGAAAUUGGGAGAACAUACGUGCAGUCCAUAUUACGACCGUGAUGCAAGUGUCACAUGGGGAAAACAAAUUGAUAUUACAGUUGUAUAUUAUUGCUAAUCCCAUUUUUUUCCUUCUGAUCAUGGAGAUGUGUAUAUUGAGUGUUCAUAUUCCAUGUUUUUAGUGAAUUAUAUUGUAGACUACUUUCUCUAUAUUGAUAAUAUCAUCUGCUUGGAGCCAGAAAGGCAUUAACUCAUAUUAUUUUACACAGGGUUAGUGCCCUUCUGGCGCUAAACAGGCUAUAUACCUUUAGUAUGCCAUUCAUGCAUGUGUGGCCUGUGCCAGUCUGGCUUACAUUUAUUGUGUCUCUGUAUGCUCUCAAACUAGUCUCAACCAGGCUCAGACUUACAUUUGUCACAACAAAAUCAUGAUGACUUGAGCCUAUUCUAAUUCUGUUUGACAAUACAUGCAUAGACCGCCUAAGUGCUAGAGUCAUAUGUGCUCGUAAUCCAGGUUACUAGUUCCAAACGACAGAGCCUGCGCAUGAGGUUCUCUGCAUAAUCAUUCAAGCAACGGGGCUGGAGCAGGGCAAAUUAAGUGUUUGGCGCUGGUGCAAUUACCAUACCAUAGUUUAGCACAUCGUUGUUUGGAACCAGCAACCUUGACAACUUGGUCAGUGUGACGUCGCACUUCGGUACAGUACAAGCAUUAUGCAAGUAGUCUUUUAUGCUUAAUUCAUAUGUGAAUAAAUGACAAAGGCGUGUGCCUGCAAAUUGAAUCCCCACCACCUUAUACAUGUAUAUAUUGGUAUUGAAUUAAUUGAUAUAUCAGAAUGAAGUUAUAGGCCUACAUAUCGUUCCUGUUUUCACGAAGUGACGGUAGUGAGGAAAAUCUGCAAGCCAAGUGUAUGCGAUUUUCAUUCACUGCCGUCACUUCUUGAAAAUAGGGACAAUAUUUUUCUCAAAAUUGCCUUCAGUAUGUACAAUAAACGUUGACAUGGAUUCACUUAUUGGACACAGCUAGUACAGUGAGCCUUUUAUAGGAAUAAACAUGCAUUGCCUUUUAGUAGUAUUAAUGUGCCAUGUACAGUUAUAACUUUCUCCUUGUAAUAUUCAUAUUAUUCAUAGCUUUGUAUUCAGGCAGGUUUACCUCGCUUUAUAGCAUAUAAUGAUUUCAUAUAAAAGCGAUGUUAACUGGGUACAGAAAAAAGAUUGAUGUGUAUUCUUUUAUGUAGCUGCAGUACAUCAUAAAUUUAGAAGAAUAUGUAUAUUGAAUUAGCAUUUGUAGUUCCCUUUCAAACAUUUGUUUAUUUAGGCGAAAUCUGAAAUGAUUACAGUGCCUCGGAAAUGCGUGUGUAUUCAUUUUUAUGUAAUCUUAAGAAAUCAGAAGUGGGUAAUUUUAUAUGAUUAUGAAAUAAUCAAGAACAUUUAUAUCAAGAUUUGGAAAUAUAUUUAUGAAGUCGUGAAUAUUGUGUACAAGUUCUAUAUUCCCUUUUUAUUCAAUAAUUAAAAUGUAAUGCACAUAUGCAUAUAUAGCCAGAAA